GACUUGGACCCAGGGAAAGCGUUAGGGGUAAGGGGACUACACUUCCCGUGCAGCUCCGCGGCGGCUUCCCGUGAGGCUCUGCGGGGGCUUCCUGAGAGGCCCUGCGCGCUUUCCGCACCAGCUUCAGCGCCAACCCGCGAGCCCUUGCGUUGCGUAGAAGCGAUGAUGGAGAGCGGCGACGAGGCGGCCAUCGAGAGGCACCGCGUCCACUUGCGCUCCGCCACGCUGCGCGACGCCGCCCCCAUCACACUGCACCUGCUGCCCUGCGAGGUCGCGGUGGACGGGCCCGCCCCGGUGGGGCGCUUUUUCACGCCCGCCAUCCGCCAGGGCCCCGAGGGACUCGAAGUGUCAUUUCGGGGCCGCUGUCUACGGGGCGAGGAGGUGGCGGUGCCGCCUGGCCUCGUGGGAUACGUGAUGGUGACGGAAGAGAAGGAAGUGUCCAUGGGGAAGCCAGACCCCUUGCGGGAUUCCGGGACUGACGACCAAGAAGAGUCGCCGCUGGAACGGGACUUUGACCGCUUCAUUGGAGCCACUGCCAGCUUCAGCCACUUCACCCUGUGGGGUCUGGAGACCAUCCCUGGCCCGGAUGCCAAAGUGCGUGGGGCCCUAACUUGGCCCAGUCUUGCGGCAGCGCCAGAAUGAUCUGUGCCUUUCACAAAGACCAUCUCUGUGCAUCCAUGCCUCCUCCUCAGCACCACUGCGAGAAACUGCCUCAGCCACUGUCAUCCACCAAGGCUCCAAAGUAACCCUCUGUGAAGCUUUGCCAACCACCUCCUUUGGGUCCUGCUAACCUGCCCUCUGUUUCAUGACACUUAAGACACUGGGAGCUAAGAGGUCAUUGGUAUGUCUGUCUCUCCCAUGGACUAAGCUGUCAGAGAACAGACUGUCUCAUUCCUGGCUACCAACACCUGCCAGACAGCAGGAACUCAAUAAAAAUGGGGUGAACUGAU